UGACUAGGGUUGGCCCUCUGAAGGGAAAGAGCAAACUCAUUGCUCAUUUACAGCCAACACUACAAAGGCAGCUCAUAACGUCCGUUUCAUUCGCGUUCACCCCGAGUGAUGCUCCAGGUUAGAAAUGUCUGCAUCGGCCUUUGCCAGAUUCUGGCAAACAGACCUGACUCGCGAAUGCGUCUUGUCCUUCCUCCCCAAGGAUGAUCUCGGCUCUCUGAGAUUGGUUUGCAAAGAAUAUUCCAAGGACAUCGCCCCGGUCUUGUUCAAAUCCCUCCUUGUUCAUUUCACCACCAAUGUGUUUAUGCGCAGAGCGCGAAUGACAGCAUUGGAGAGGAUCGGUGGUUAUGUUCGCAAAUUGUCGUUCCUCAUGCCGCAUCAGCCUGAGACAUUCCUCCCUCCACUCUUGGUGCCGGACACCUUGGAAGAAGCCAGCUUUGUCUAUGAACCUCGGUUGACCCUGUCAAGACCAACAUCGUCCGGCAGCUCGUCGACUUCUAGCACGGAGUCCAAGUACGGAACCUGGGAAAUGAGUGACUUACUGGUCAAACAAUACCCUCCCUUGUUCCACGCCGCAACCAAUGUCGACUCUUUCUUCCGCGCCAUCUGCGCGAUGCCGAACUUGCAGCAUUUGCAAGUUUCGUGUCCAGGUCAACUUGCAGGACAAAGAUAUCGCAAGGAUAUUGUCGACUACGCCUUAAUCUCAUUGCGUUUAGCCAUCGAAGCAGCGAAUCCAACUCAGCUCGAGAUGCUAACCCUUGCACCAAUCCAUCCUGGAACGGUAUUAUACCUUCGGCCUCACCUGAGCUUUGGCUCUUCGCCGGCAUCUUCACGUGUCUGGAGCCGAAUCAGAAUGCUCGACAUUGAGAUGGACAGUUUCGAGUAUGGCCGCGAUCAGCCGGCGGACCACCUCAAGAUCCUUCACAGCUACCUGCAAGCAUUGAGGUCCAUCGAGCAUUUCAAUUUCAAGUGGCUCGGCCACAAGGGCCCAUGUCCAUUAGCACUUCAUAUCGAACCAUGUACUUCGCGUCCCACCUCACUGCACUGUCCGAAUGCUUGCCCAGACUCGAGUUCGAAAUCAUCCUUCCGGCCUCUGAAAUUCCGCCGUCUGAAAAGGAUGCGUCUCAGCAAUGCUACCCUUGAUGCUGACCAGGCAGCGGGUUUCAUCAUGUCGCAUCGCAAAGUAUUGCACGAGUUCCAAUUCGAUCAAUGCCAUUUGAGGUCGGGAACGUGGGAUGAUGCGUUGGCUCCGUUGACUCGCAUCGCAGGGCAUGACCGCUGGAAGCAGAAACAGGAGGAAGUCAUGGAUGUUCCGUUGGUAUUGUCAUCAACAGAGACAGAUGAGAAAGAUGUCAUUGAAUGCGUGCAGGAGCCUUUGUGGGAUGACAUUUUGUCGAAGAGAAAGAGGCUGAAAAUGCUUCGCAAGAUUAGUCUGAGAACGAGAGACCUCGUGCCCGAGCAAGUCAAACGUUUGUUAAGGACAAAAAGACUCGCAUGGCAUUGA